AUGACUUCGAAGAUCUUUUUGAACAAGAUCGCACUUGUUGGUGCCAAUGGCAAUAUUGGCUCACACAUCCUGUCAGCCCUGCAAGCCAAGGACCGAUUUCAGAUCACCGCCAUUAGUCGUGUGCAAUCCAAAGCUACAUUUCCAAGUGACAUUAGUGUUGCACGUGUCAACUAUGCUGAACCAGAGACUCUGGUCAACGCCUUGAAAGGACAAGAUGCUCUCAUAAUCACCAUGAGCGUCUUCGCACACAAUGCGCAAGAACAGCUCAUCCGUGCGGCAGCGCAAGCUGGGGUACCAUGGAUUCUGCCAAACGAGUUUGGCAUGUUCAAUACAGAAGACAUUCAGAAUGAAAUAAUAGGAUCUGGGAAGCAGAGAGAUCGCGCUCUAAUCGAGAAACUUGGUGUCUCAUCCUGGAUCGGCAUGACCAGCGGGUUUUGGUACGAAUAUUCGCUCAGUGGUGGGCAAUACGGUAUCGAUCUCAAUAAGCGAGAAGUGGUGUUCUUUGAUGACGGAAAUCAGCGUCUGAACACUACAACGUGGCCUCAGACUGGGCUUGCUGUAGCGAAUUUGCUAUCGCUGCCUCUAUCAUCUUCUAAUGGGAAAGGCCCAACAUUAGAGCAAUAUCGCAACCGCAUGCUAUUCUUUUCUUCAUUCACACUCAAUCAACGCGAGAUGUUUGAAGCGGCGCAAAAGGCUACCGGAACCACGGAGAAGGAUUGGAAGAUAUCUUCCGAGCCAGCCAAGGAGCGGCUGAUGAAGGCAAGGCAGAGACUGAUGUCAGGAGAUCGUAGUUCGUUUGCAACGGUUUUGUACACGCGAUACUUCAUCGACGAUGCUGGCCUGUACGAGAAAAACCACGGCCUAAAUAAUGAUGAGUUGAGUUUGCCCAAGGAGGAUCUGGUCGAGGCUACGAAAAGGGCUGUGGAGUUGGCCAAGACUGACUUUUGGGACAAGAUGUACAAGUAG